UGCCCUCUUUGCUCCUGCCACCACCCACCUCGGGCGCCGGAACAGGAGGCUCUCGGCUCCAUCAGGAACCACCUCUUGGGUCCGGCGGGCGCCCUCGCCCUGGGCGGCUCGCCCACCCCGGGCUCGCUGCCCACGGUGCCAGCUCUGCCGUAGAUCUCCCCAGUCCGCCGCAGCGGCCUAUGCUCGACGUAGGUUUUUCUUUCCCCUUCGGAGCCGUGACGGACUGGGGUUUUCUUCCCUGCUGCCUCCCCCUCGAUGGUCAGCGCGGCGCUGGCCCAGGACUGGGCAUUUCUGCUCGUUUUCUCUUUGGCGAGGCGGUUCCUCGCCGUCUGACCUUUGCUCUGCUGCCGCAUUUUAUGCUGUGCAACUGCGUUGCAGUUGCCUUUCCCUUCCCUGGCCUCUGCGGGGCCCGGGGCUUCUCGGCCUCCUCGUGUCUCCCUGUCCCCGGGCACCGAGCUGUGCCAGGCCUCGAGGCCGCCGGGCCGCACUGGGGCUGUGGUGGGGGCUGAAGGUGCGUUUACAUAACGCCGCCGGGCGUGUGGGAGCUGGAGGAAGAGGUUGCGUGCGUAGGAGAGAUAAGGCUCUCGCUUUCCCUCCUUUCUUGGUGGUACCAGGCUUGACAUCCCUGAGAAGAGAGAAGGAGAGAGACGGGCCCCUAGAAGCCUGUUUCUCCGCACAGCCCAGAACCUCAGGCCCCAUGGAGCCCCCAAUCCCACAGAGCGUCGCCCUGACUCCCAGCUCGGUCAUGGUCCAGCCCCUUCUGGACAGCCGUAUGGCCCACAGCCGGCUCCAGCACCCGCUCACCAUCCUCCCCAUCGACCAGAUGAAGACCAGCCACGUGGAGAACGACUACAUAGACAGCCCUGGCUUGGCCCCCGCCACUGGCCCCAAGCGGACCCGGAGCGGAGCCCCGGAGCUGGCCCCGACGCCCGCCCGCUGUGACCAGGAUGUCACCCACCACUGGAUCUCCUUCAGCGGCCGCCCCAGCUCCGUGAGCAGCAGCAGCAGCACCUCCUCUGACCAGCGCCUCUUAGACCACAUGGCCCCACCGCCCGUGGCCGACCAGGCCUCCCCGAGGGCCGUGCGCAUCCAGCCCAAGGUGAUCCACUGCAAGCCGCUGGACCUCAAGGGCCCGGCCGUGCCCCCAGAGCUGGACAAGCACUUCUUGCUGUGCGAGGCCUGCGGCAAGUGCAAGUGCAAGGAGUGCUCGUCGCCCCGGACGUUGCCCUCCUGCUGGGUCUGCAACCAGGAGUGCCUGUGCUCCGCGCAGACCCUGGUCAACUACGGCACCUGCAUGUGCCUCGUGCAGGGCGUCUUCUACCACUGCACCAACGAGGACGACGAGGGCUCCUGCGCCGACCACCCGUGCUCCUGCUCCCGCUCAAACUGCUGCGCCCGCUGGUCCUUCAUGGGCGCCCUCUCCCUGGUGCUGCCCUGCCUGCUCUGCUACCUGCCCGCCACUGGCUGCGUGAAGCUGGCCCAGCGCGGCUACGACCGCCUGCGCCGCCCCGGGUGCCGCUGCAAGCACACGAACAGCGUCAUCUGCAAGGCGGCCGCCGGGGACGCCAAGGCCAGCAGACCCGACAAGCCUUUCUGACACUCAGGGCCGAAGCCCCGGCGCUCCCCCUGGAAACCCGGUACCCUCGUGACACCUGGGAAGACCCUCGCAGCGGGGACCAGAGGCUCUCGCAUCCUGGGGCGGACCCGGCUGGUCUGCCCAUCCCACCUCCCCCCGCCACCCCACCAAGCUUCAGAAAAAACAGAGCAGCCGUCGCCCACCCCGCUCUCCCUCCAAAGGCUGAAGAAGCACUUUGGGGUGUUUUUCAGGGUCUUGGGACUUUGCGUGGAACGGACAGUGGCAGAGGCGUGGUAUGGUUUGGGGGCGACUUUUCUUUUUCAGAAGAUGGAGCACAGAUGUGGCCACAUCCGGAAGCUGCAGCUGCUCGAAUGCCUUCCCAGGCCCCCCUCCGCCCGCCCUCUCUCCUCGCUCUUUUUCUGCAUUCUUUCUGGCUGCCUGGGAAGCAUUGGGAACUGAGUGGCCAGGGGACCUUGGAAGAAAACCCUCGGAGUCCUGAUGUCCCCUCCCAGCCUCCACCCCUCCUCCACCCUGGUUCGCCCCGACGUCUUGGGGAAGGUAUAGACCCUGAGAAGCCCUGUUGUAUAUACACACCUGGGAGCCCCCCUCGUUCCUCGCUCUGCCUCCCUGGAGCCAUGGAUGGAUUUAGGAACUACUGCACCGUACAUUUUUCUGCCUUCCAGCUUCCGCACUAACUCGGGGGUCGGGGGGAAAAGGGAGGGUGUUCCACUCCUAACACCGUCCUUCGGUUCUUACAGAGUCACAGACUCAACCUGCCCGCUAUGUGUCCCGAGGUCUCUCUGCCCAGACCCUUUCCAGAAACUUCACGGGUAGAGAAGCCCAGGGCGGGCGAACGCAAGACCAAAUACCAUUUUGCCAAUGAGUCUGAGGCUGCGGUCUCCGGAUCCAGUCGUUAUGUUUUUAUAGAAUCAUUAAACCAGAUGCUAACGGUGUUUUAAAAAUAAUAAUAAUAAAACAUUUGCUUCCUUUUGGGCCA